AUGUCCAGCGGCAAUGUGGAUAGCAGUUUAGCGAUAGCUAAGCUAUUACGCCACCAUCGAGAAUUGAAACAAAGAAAAGGACUUUUCCAGUCAAGACAGAUGGAUUUUUUCAGAUAUAAACGGUUUAUCAAAGCAUUGAAAUCUCCGGAAUACGCUAAGAAAGCUGCCAAUCAGCCUGAUUUGUACCCGCCUGUUAUGGGUGCUGGAGACGAGGACGGUAAGGCGCGUGAGAUGUUUGUUUCAUUGAUCAAGGCUCAAUUGAUCGUGCCCUGUGUCAAGCUACAUAGCGAGGAGUGUAAGGAGCAUGGAAUCAAGCCCAGCAAGGAACAUCCCAGUCUGAUUCUGUCUAACAAAGCUGAGCUUCUAGCCGACGAGUACUACGUGUGGACGUACAAUCCGAAGACGUUCAUGGACUACCUGAUCGUCACUGGUGUAAUUUCAGCUAUAUUGGCACUGGUUUGCUAUCCCCUAUGGCCACCAUUUAUGAGGCGCGGCAGUUAUUAUGUAUCUUUAGGCGCAUUGGCCUUUCUGGGGCUGUUUUUCGUGAUGGCAAUCAUUCGAUUGAUCGUGUACGUCAUAUCCUUGGCAUUUGUGAGGUCUGAAGGUGGCUUUUGGCUUUUUCCUAAUCUUUUCGAAGACUGCGGUGUUUUGGAAAGUUUCAAGCCACUCUAUGGGUACGGUGAUAAUGAAUGCUACAGUUAUUUGAAGAAAUUGAAAAGAAAUAGACGUAAGCAGGCCAAGAAAGCUGCAAAACUUGACGGCACUUCAGACAAAUCCAAAACACAGGAUAAUGUGGAGGAUACUUUAUGA